CUUCGUCGCAUGUGUAUUGCAUUCGACACAUCGCGCAGAACUUUAUGAGGGCAAUCAAAAACAGAAAACUUCGGAAAUAUGCUGUUAACAUGGGGUAUGCACCAAGCGAGCCUACAUUCAUGUACUGGCGGCAUAAGAUUGCGAAAAAAAGUCCAACGGCUUUGGCGUGGGUUGAUGAUCUCCCGAAACCAAAAUGGACGCAAGCAUAUGAUGGAGGUAUCCGGUGGGGUCACAUGACAAGUAAUCUGGCUGAGGCAAUGAACUCAGUGUUCAAGGAUAUCCGCGGGCUACCAAUCACAGCUUUGGUCCAAGCAACAUAUUAUAGGAUGGCAAAACUUUUUGUAACACGAGGAAAGCAGUCAGCAGCUGUGUUUGCUUCUGGUCAACAGUAUACUGAAGCGUGUCAGGAAAGGAUUUCAGAGGCAGUGCAUAAGUCAAACUCACAUGUAGUCAACCAGUUUGAUCGGCAAAAUUAUACAUUUAUAGUGGAGGAAACUGAGGAUCCCCAUGAAGGCCGACCAAUGGAUAUUUUUAAAGUAGAGUUGAAAGAAAAAAUGUGCGACUGUGGAAAGUUCCAGGCUUUACAUUUGCCUUGUUCGCAUGUUAUUGCUGCUUGUUCUCAUGCUAACCUUUCCUAUGAACCAUUCAUUGAUGAUGUCUACAAAGCUGCCACUGUAUUUGCUGUGUAUGACAGACCCUUCCCAGCAGUUCGAAACCAGGGUUUGUGGCCUGAUUAUUUAGGUGACGUUGUUUGCCCCCGCCUCGAUAUGAAAAGAACUAAGAGAGGACGUCCAAAAAAUUCUCGUAUUAGAACUGAAAUGGACGAGUUCGAAAAAAGAGAGAAUCGUUGUGGCUUAUGUCGGGUGCCGGGUCAUAAGUGUCAUGAAUGUCCUAAUGCAGCCGGACCCUCAAAUUAA